AUGAAUUAAGAAGAUAAACCUAUGUUGUAGAAGUAAUAAUAAGAAAUCAUGGAAAUCUUCAAUGAAUUCAAAUCAACAGAAACUAAUCAAUUAAAUGUUAGUGAAUUCUUGGAAAUUUUACAAACAACUGGACUUGACAGAAAUUGUGAAUUGUUAGUAAAAAAAUUAGAAAAUCUCAGAGGUCAUUAAUUAGACUUACCUCAAUUUACAGAAUAAUUUAAUUUCAAUUAUAAUCUUUAUGAAAAUUUUGAAAUGAUAUUCUAAAUCAUGGACACAACCGAUUCAGGAAAAUUAAGCAAAGAUGAAUUAAAAAAAUAAAGCGAUUUUUGGGGUAAAUUAAAUCAAUUUAAAUUAUUAUUUUAGGAUUAUAACUAUCUGAAAGAGAUAUAGAAAUUAUGAUCAAUUAUAGUGGAAGUGAUGAAUAAGACUCAGUUUCUAAAGAAAAAUUAUGGAGUUUGUUGUAACAAUAUUAAAACAAUAAAAUGCUUUAGUGAUAUUUAAUAUU